AUGGCCGCCACCGCCACGUCCCUAGGCCUCGCUCUCCACCGGCGAGACCACGACACUAGCUCCCACCGCCGCCCCGUCCCCUCCUCGUCCCUGACCUCUACCUCCGCCUUCCGCAGCCGCAUCCGCAGGGCCAAGUGCAGCCGCAGGGGAAAUGAAGUAUUAGCAGGACAAACACUGAAGCAUUCACUUAGCAACGAAAUGCUGCCUUCAUCAAGCACAAAAGCUACUUCCUCCAUGGUUGACCAUGUUUCUCUUAGCAGCCUCCACCACCACCCCAACAGCCAGUCUUCCUGUUUUGCUACCUCAAGACCAAACCAUGACAAUACCCAUAAAUACAACCACUCCCCAAGAAUUCCUAGGCGGUCUCUCGUCUUACUCCCUGCUUCCUCUCUUCUCCUCUCCGCCUCCUCCUCCUUUGCCAUAGACAAUGCAAACGCUCCAUCCUCAUCCACAGUUGACACCACCAUCACCGACCGCAUAUUCAUGGACUUUAGCAUUUGUCCAAGCUUCUUUAGCAAUGACCGCACGUUAGGAGCUGAACUUGCUUCGUGCCCUGAUUCCGAGCCCCUCGGACGUGUAGUCUUUGGUCUCUAUGGUCGGCUACUCCCGAUCACUACUGCCAACUUCAAAACUACCUGCACUGCUUCUGCAUAUCGAGGCACACUUGUCCACAAGGUGCUUCAAGGUCAGUUCUUUGCUGCUGGCCGACAAGGUUCUCGGCGUGAUAAGGGUGUUGUCCAACCUCCCUCAAAGCUUGUGAGAAAUGUUGAGACUGUUGAUCCUAAAGCGUAUCAACUAAGACAUACAAGGCCUGGCACCCUAUCCUUGUGUCUUGAGCAGAAUGACGACGACGAUAGCAUCAAACUCAGCCCCAAUUAUCACAAUGUUGAAUUCCUGGUGACCACAGGGCCAGGGCCCUGUCCAGAGCUUGAUGAUCAGAACAUUGUCUUUGGAACUGUAUUAGAAGACACACUAAACAAGUUGUUGUCCAAGGCUGAGCUUGGGUUGCUCCGCCGCCUAGUACCCCGGAAUUUGACUGCGAGCAGCAGUGGCGGCGGACACCGAGCAGUCAGUACACAUCCAAGACCUGGAAUGGAUGUUAUCUCCAGCAUUGCAACCAUCCCUACCUAUAAACCAGGUGAAAGGAUCCAAUUCUUCAAUGAUUUUGCACAGCUGAUUGGCGAUGAAAGAGCUCAAUCUGCUAGAGCCAUGUGGGAUCGCCCACAGAAAACUGUGUAUAUCAGCGGUUGUGGGGAGCUGAAAGUGACCAAGCCAUCCCUUUCCCCUCCUAGCUUGCCAUGA